AUGCCUACCGCCGAGUCCGAGAGCUUCAAGAGCAUGAAGCCCACUGUGGCCCCGACUUUCAAUGGAGUGGCCUACGACGACAUGAAGGCCUUCAAGGCUGCCGAGGACUCCAUCAUUCGCGAGCAGUGGGUCGGUGCCAUGAUGACCCGUCUCGUCGGCGAGGAGCUGGGCAAGUGCUACAACCGUGAAGGUGUCAACCACCUUGAGAACUGCGGACACCUUCGAGAACGAUACCUUCAGCUUCUCGAAUCCAACAAGAUCAAGGGAACCAAGUUCCAGCAGCAAAACUACAUCACCAAGCGCGACGAGGAGAUUGACCUCGAGGCCAAGGUCCACCCCAGCAACAGGAUUGCCCUUCUCAAGCAGGAUCCCCGAGCCGCCCGACCCCAGUAA